AUGCUCCCCACAGAAGGAACACAGUACCCAGGAAUUGUCAAAUUGCUUUUGCACUUUGAGUGGACCUUUGUUGGUCUCUUUGCUUCAGACACUGACAAUGGAGAACAGUUCCUGAGGACGUUGACUCCUCUACUCUUGAAGAAUGGGAUUUGUGUCAUUUUAUCAAAAACCAUCUCAGUGGCUCACAACAAUGAGAAGGUCUUUUCUGCUUUUUUCUACACAUGGGGGCAAGUCAAUGUCUUUGUUUACUGCGCAGAAGGUAGUGCCUUCCUAGAAGGAAUAGCUGUUAUACAAGAAGUAAUUAAGAGCUUGAUAAAACCCAUUGUGGGGAAAAUCUGGAUCACCACAGCUCUGUGGGAUUUCACGAUGCAACUAAUCAAUCAUAAAUUGUCUUUUCAAAACAUCCAUAGUCUUUUCUCCUUCUUCAUCCAUACCAAAAAAAAGAAAAAAAUCAGCAAUUUUAAAACUUUCUAUGAUUUCAUGCAGGAGUUUAAACACAAAGCUUUCCACUGUUUUCCUACAAGGCAUGACUUGGCUGUGAAAAGCUGGAGAAGAUGCCAAGAGAAACAGGAAGUAAAGAUUCUGCCCCAAGACAAGGUGGAAAUGAUUUUAUCUCUAGAUAAAUACUUCAUUUACAACUCUGUCUGGGCUGUGGCACGGGCCUUAAAUGCUGCUUAUUCAUCUAGAUCCAAGAGGAAAAUAAAGAUGAGUGGAGAAAGGUUGAAAGCUCUAAGUCUACAACCUUGGCAGCCCCUGCCUUCUUCCAGCUGUGUGGAAAGUUGUCUAACUGGAUUCCACAAGAUGGCUCAAAGAGGGAAGCCCAUGUGCUGUUACAACUGUGUUCCUUGCGCAGAAGGGACCAUCUCUGCUCAGGAAGAUGCAGAAAAGUGCACCAGGUGUCCAGAUGAUCAGCAUCCAAAUGAGGACCAAGACCAAUGUGUUCCUAAAACUAUAACUUAUUUGUCUUAUGAAGAACAUUUGGGGAUAAUCCUGGUUUCCUUUGCGGUGUUCAUGUCCUUAGUCACAGGCUUUGUACUGGGAAUCUUCAUUAAAUUCCUAGAAACUCCAGUAGUUAAGGCCAACAAUCGAGACCUCUCCUUCAUCCUCCUGGUCUCUCUCCUGCUUUCCUUCUUCUCCUCCUUCCUGUUCAUCGGCCGACCAAUUCAAGCAACAUGCUUCUUCCAACAAAUGGUCUUCAUCAUCAUCUUCUCAGCUGCCAUUUCUUCAAUCUUAGCCAAAACUAUCACAGUGGUGUUGGCCUUUUUGGCUACAAAGCCAGGAAAUAAGAUGAAGAAAUGGCUGAGGAAGAGCUUGGCCAACUCCAUUGUCCUAUCUUGCUCAAGUGUCCAAGUUGUUAUUGGUAGCAUCUGGCUGUGGACCUGUCCCCCAUUCCCUGACUACGACAUGCACUCUCAGCCUAAACAGAUUGUCUUGAAAUGCAAUGAAGGCUCUGUCGAUAUGUUUUAUGGUGCCCUUGGCUACAUGGGUUUCCUGGCCAUCAUCUGCUUCAUGGUGGCUUUCCUGGCCAGGAACCUGCCUGGGGCUUUCAAUGAAGCCAAGCUGAUCACCUUCAGCAUGCUGGUCUUCUGCAGUGUCUGGGUGUCCUUUGUGCCUGCCUAUCUGAGCACCAAGGGGAAAUACAUGGUGGCCAUGCAGGUCUUCUCCAUCUUGGCCUCCAGUGCUGCCCUGCUAGUCUGUAUCUUCAUCCCUAAGUGUUACAUUAUUAUACUAAGACCAGAGCUGAAUGCAAAAGAAUAUCUUAAGAUAAAAUAA